GGCGAGAUAAGCCGAUAAGCGCAUCCCGUAAUUGUUGCGACAUUCGUCGACGUCCUAUCGAUCCCCCUUAACUUUCGCCGCAACUAACUCCCGAUUACUUACUCUUCUUUCAUUCGUUCCCAAUCCUCAUGUUCGGCAUGGGAAAUCCAGUAUAUUGAUACCCCGGAUUUCCUUUUUUUCCGACAUCGCAGCUCCUGCCGUGCUGUAUCGUAGCCUCCGAUCUCUGUUAUCAGCUCGUGUCUUGGAUAUUUUGUACUCGUCAUCCUCCUCAGCCUCAUACGCCUCUUUCUUUGUAAAACAUCGCGUCGCCGGAAGAGACAUGACAUCUUCUCUGCCAUAACCCUAACUGUUUUCGAAAAUGACUGUUUCUGACCAGGUUUACAAUGCUCGCAUCGUGUCGAGCGUUGCCGCGACCGUUAUCUCGCUGGCCUGCGGAACAAACUAUGUCUAUUCAGCAUGGGCACCUCAAUUCGCGGACAAACUGCUAUUGUCCGCGACUGAGAGCAACCUGAUCGGUCUCGCCGGUAAUCUGGGCAUGUAUUCGAUGGGUGUUCCCGUCGGAAUGUUCGUCGAUAGUAAGGGACCGCGGCCCGCUGUUAUCGUCGGAUCUAUCCUACUUGGGCUCGGCUAUUACCCGCUACACCAAGCAUACGACGCCGGUCACGGGUCCGUACCCUGGAUGUGCUUUGUGUCGUAUCUAACUGGCCUCGGCGGUUGUAUGGCAUUCGCCGCGGCCGUGAAGACGUCGGCGCUGAAUUGGCCACAUCACCGCGGCACCGCGACCGCCUUUCCGCUUGCCGCCUUCGGUCUGAGCGCAUUCUUUUUCUCUCUAAUCGGCUCCAUAUUCUUUCCCGGAAGCCCGAGCAAGUUCCUGAUGCUGCUCGCCUAUGGCACUUUCGGCCUGACCCUCGCUGGAUUUUUCUUCUUACGCGUACUCCCGCCCCACUCGCCUUAUCAUGCCGUGCCCGAUGCGGAGCCAGGUAUGACAGACUCGCGGGAGCUGCACCGUACUACUUCGCAGGAAUCCAAAGCCCGCGCUGGUCGCGGGAACCCUUCUGAACCUGCCUCAGGACAAGAGGAAGGGGCGCACAGCAUCCGAGACACCCCAGUCCCAAGCCCAGACCCAGACCCAGACCGUAAAGGAAAUGCUACCACCACCACCCAAGCGGUCGAUGCCGAGGAAGCUGCGUCAGGCAACCAGGACGGUGCCGAUGAGACGUCAUCGCUUCUCUCUCAGUCUACUUUGUCCUCCUCCUUGCCAGGUGAAGUCUUAGUGCAGAGCAGUGUUGAUAUGGAUCGUUCUCACCGUGUAGAUAUCCGUGGCAUGAAACUCCUGAUGAAUAUUGAGUUUUGGCAACUGUUUUCCAUUAUGGGCAUACUCUCCGGCAUCGGCCUCAUGACCAUUAAUAAUAUCGGAAACGACGUAACGGCGCUUUGGAAGCACUAUGACGACUCCAUCGACGACAAGACUCUCGUCCUCCGUCAGCAGCUACACGUUUCCAUCCUUUCCAUUGGCAGCUUUUCCGGCCGUCUCCUUAGCGGUGUCGGCUCCGACUUCCUCGUAAAGGUCCUCAAGUCGAGCCGCGUGUGGUGCCUAGUCAUCGCCUCGGGCAUCUUCUCCAUCGCGCAGGUGUGCGCGCUCAACGUGACGAACCCGCACCUGCUCGGCUUCGUAUCCGGGUUCAGCGGUCUGGGCUACGGCUUCUUGUUCGGCGUCUUCCCGUCCAUCGUCGCCGAGUCUUUUGGUAUUCACGGCCUGAGCCAGAAUUGGGGCUUCAUGACUUUGAGCCCGGUCAUUUCGAGCAAUGUGUUCAAUUUGUUUUACGGCGCCGUGUUUGAUGCGCACUCUGUUAAGGAUAGGGAUGGCGUGAGUUCGUGCGCGGACGGCCUGCAGUGCUAUUGGGCUGCGUACGUGGUUACCUUGUGCGCGUGCGGCUUGGGGCUCGUGGUCACCCUCUGGGUUAUCUGGCACCAGUGGAAGACGAGGCUCGCGGAGUCGGCUGGGAAGAGCCGUGCUAGGGAGUAGGUAGGAAGAGUAGGAAGUAGGGGGUUCCUACUUACCUACCUGAGUGUAGCAGAUAAAGGUGGAAGCGAAAGCGGUAUAAAUACAUAAUAUGUAUGUAGUAUUGGGAUGGUACUAAGGAGCCCGGGGCCCGGGAUGGCCGCCAGAUGGACCUACAUGUAUGUGUAUGUGUAGGUUACGGGACUAGAGUACCUAUGGUGAUUUUGGGAAGACAUUUAUACGGUUCGAUACCUGAGGUAGCUUCCAAUGGUUUUAGGGGGCGCGCGGACGUAAACUAUAUCCUAUCAUGUCAUAUCAUGGUUUAAACCCGUAUCCGAGUGGCGUUUUUUGGGGGGGUUCGUGCGGUGCGGUAUAGAAUGGGGAAAGGGACUUACACAUAGAUUGAGGCGGAAAUAGAUUUCCUUUUACUUGUUUCACGUUCGAAGUCAAUAUUCGUACUACAUCCGAGCUAUAGAGUCGAUUGCGCGUUUAACAGGUUGUGCGAUGCUUUUAUAAUUUAAACCACUACGUGCGUUUACACCUGAUGUGGAAUUACGACACUUGGCCUGACAUAAGGAGUUUAGUAAUACGGACAGCGAG